GAGAAUCCUCAUUGACACUGGAGAGCCAUCAGUUCCAGAAUAUAUCAGCUGCUUAAAGCAAGCCUUGGCUGAAUUUGACACAGCAAUCCAAGAAAUCCUAGUGACUCAUUGGCACUGCGAUCAUGCUGGAGGCAUAGUAGAUAUUUGUGAAAACAUCAGUAAUGGAUUAAACACUACCUAUUGCAUUAAAAAACUCCCACGGAUUCCUCACCAAGAAGAAAUUAUAGGAAAUGGAGAACAGCAAUAUGUUUAUAUAAAAAAUGGAGAAUUGAUUAAGACCGAGGGAGCCACUCUCAGAGUUAUACAUACUCCUGGCCACACCGAUGACCAUAUGGCUUUACUCCUGGAAGAGGAAAACGCCAUAUUUUCUGGGGAUUGUAUCCUAGGAGAAGGAACAACGGUAUUUGAAGACCUCUAUGAUUAUAUGAACUCACUAAAAGACUUAUUAAAAAUCAAAGCUAAUAUUAUAUAUCCAGGACAUGGCCCAGUAAUCCAUAAUGCUGAAGCUAAAAUCCUGGAAUAUAUUUCUCACAGAAAUAGCCGAGAAGAACAGAUUCUUUCAUUAAUCCGUGAUAACUUUGAAAAAUCAUUUACGGUGACUGAACUUGUGAAAAUGAUUUACAAGAAUGUUCCAGAGAAUUUACAUACAAUGGCAGAGCGUAAUCUCCUGCUUCAUUUGAAAAAACUAGAAAAAGAAGGAAAAAUAUUUUACAUCACAAAUCCUGACAAGAAGUGGAAAGCUGUACUUUAGUUUCAGAUGAGUGAAGCUCUAUCUUGUUUUGCUUUUAGAGGAUGGUAUGUUCUUUUAGCUAUAGAUUAUUUAUAGAGACUAUCAAAUGUGGGAUUUUGAAAAUAAACUUGAUAUCUUUCUAAAAUAUGUAAAUUACAUUGUACAUCUGUAGGUUAUUGAUCUAACCUUGGCCUUGGAACAUUUUACCAAAAGUUCAGAACCUAGUACUUUGUCAUUUUCCUAUGGAAUAAGUAAAAUGGUUACUUAAGAAUAAUAAAAUUUGCACAAUUCAAACCAGUUACUACAUUAGAGUUUGGUUACAUAUUAUCAUUUUCCAGUAAUACUGUUUUCUUUAGCUACUUCAAUCAACAGCACAGAUGUCUGCAUACUCCUUCCUUUUCUUCAAUCCUUUGUAUACCUUUUACAUACCAAAUUUAUUUCAUGUUUCUAUCAAUUUUAUCAUUUAAGUGUUGAUUCUACAGCUCUGUUAUGUUUGUUUUCUUAUAAUGGUAUCCCAUCAUAAGUUUAUCAUUAAAAAUAUUAAAUAUACCAACCUGAAA